AUGGCCAAGACCAUUUCAACCAAUUUAAAUGUUUAUGCUCAAUCAUCAUUAUGUGGAAAAAGCCUUUACAUGGCAAGAGAUCCCAUUAUGCUACAUACAGCACUACAGCAGAAAAAUACUUUAAUGAUAAUUGAAGCAUAUGAGCAGUCAUUACAAUGUCUCUUGAAACCAUUAUGGAGACGAGGUUAG